AUGCAACCACCACCCAGAAAGGUGAAGGAGAGUCAGCAGGUGAAACUGGUGUUCUCAGAGCAGCACAGUAAAUUGCAGACCAAACAACAUCAGGACACUGAACUGUUGGAGGAGAUCAGGUCCUUCAGUAAGCAUCGUGCAGCUAUAGAGAAGGAGUAUGCCCAGGCUCUUCAGAGGUUAGCUGUUCAGUACCAGAAGAGAGACUGGCAAAGAGGAAAUACAGAUGCUAUCACUUCUGGAGGUGUGUUUGGUGUGUGGCGUUCAGUGGUUGAUGCGACAGCUCAGACUGCUGCAUCACGACUUGCUGCUGCAGAGGAAUACCGCAGACUGACAGGACAAGCCUCCAGAAGUUUUCGCAAUGCAAAGGACAUCCGAGCUAAGCGAGGCCUGGAGCAGCUUCAGAGGGUACAGGGUGAAGUCGUGGAUGCUCUGCGAGAGCUGCACAGGCUCAAGAAGAGCUAUCACCAACUCAGCCACAUUGCAAAUGUUGCCAGAGAGAAAGCUGCUGAUGCACAGACAAGAGCCAGAAAGAGUGAACAUGGAAUUUUCCACUUUAAAGCAGGACUAUAUAAAAUGACUGCUAAGCUCAGUGCUAGGUUGAAGGAGUGUGAUGACCGUUUGACUGAAGUUCGUAAUGACUAUCUGCUGGCCCUAGCAGCAGUGAAUGCCCACCACCAAAACUACUCUAGGACUGAUUUACCGCUCAUUAUGGAGCAAAUGGAUGGGGACGUUUAUGAUGACUUGAGGAGCCAUUUUACCCUGCUGUGUGGGAUAGAAAUGGAUUCCUGUUUGUCCAUACACAAACUGUACAGCAAGAUAUGGGACAGUGUUGGUAAAGUGACCAGAGAUAAAAAUAUUCAGCAGUUUCUACAAGAAUCUGUUGCCUUCAAUAAAACCACCGGAUUUCCCUUUCAACCUGCUCAACAUGACAAGGUGUCUUCUCUACAGGAGGUCUGUGCCUCAGCAGCGGAGGGUUGUCUGGUUAAGGAAGCCAAGAAGUGGGCUACUAAAGCUGCGAAGGACUAUAAAAUCAUCACCCACGGAGAGAGGGCUCUACAAAUGUUAGGAAGUCGGUUGAAGCUCUUGUCUGGGGAGACGGGGCUUAGUGUGGAGCAGAAGAUAGCAGAGGUGCAGGACAGUGUCAGGAAAGCAAAGCUCAGCAGAGUGAAGGCAGAGGCUCGUCUGGUGCUGUUGUCAGACAGUGUCCCAGGAAUUGAACUGUGGCUUCAUGAUGCCAUGAACCAGGCAGAGGAGGAGCUGGAGAGAGAGAGACGGCUCAGUGAACAGAGGAAGUCUACUGAAGACUUUUCAGAGGAUGAAUUUGAGCUGACUGACUUUGAGGACUAUGACGAUGAGAAUGCCGACAUUUUUGCAGCUCCAGUGUCAGCAUCUGGAGAGUGUGUUUAUCCUGCAGCCUGCAGAGUUAUCUAUAGCUAUCAGGCUGGCCAGUCAGACGAGCUGUCAAUCAGGGAAGGGGAGGAGCUUCAAGUGAUCGAAGAUGGAGACAUGGAGGACUGGCUGAAGGUGUGUAACUCAUGUGGUCAGGUGGGUUAUGUUCCUGAGCGUUAUGUGCAGUUCCUGUGUCUACAAGCAGAGGACGCUGCUCAGCUGGACUGUUCCUUCAGCUCCACCUCAUCCACUGGAAAUAAAGAGAAGGCAAGGAGCAGAGGUAUAGCCAGAGCUCUCUACUCCUACCAGGCCCAAAGUGCAGAAGAGCUUUCCUUCCAGGAGGGGGCACUAAUCACACUGAUGCGCUGUCGACAUGGAGAGGUGGAUGAUGGAUUUUGGGAGGGAGAGCUGAAUGGACGGAUUGGUCUCUUCCCAUCGUUGGUGGUAGAGCUCGUACAUGAUGAAGGGGAUGAGGAGGAGCCACAAGAGGAGCCUCUCCCAAACCCAACCAUGCCUCCCUUCUCUUCUACAGUAGGAAUCCCCUCAACUCCUGGCUGUAGUUCCACACUUAAUACUACCCCCCCUAGCUGUGUGGAAGACAAACAGCAGCCCUUACCUCUGAGGGUUGCAAACAUUACAAAACUGGGGGCAGCAUCCACACAUCUCCAGAUCUCUCCAGUAGUCGACUAA